CCCCCCCUCCCUCCCCCUGCUCGCAUCCCUCUGUUGACCAUGUUCUCCUCACGCUCCUCCCACAUCCUGGCAUCCCUCGGGCGCCGGGCCUACGCCGCCGAGGCCGCUGUCUCUCUCACCGCCCCCCGGCAGACCCGGGUCUUCUGGAAGGCGGUCUCCACCCGGCCGCUGGACCCCACCUGGGUCAGCACCAAGGCCAAGGUCCCGGCGCACUUCCCCGAGGGGACCCCCAAGUUUGGGGUCUUCCUCGACGCCCGGCCCCUGCGCACGCACCUGAAGCAGCUGUUCGAGGUGCCGUGCCCCCUGCUGGCGGAGCUGAUCGCCGCCGAGUGGUCCAGCCAGCGCGAGCACCUGAAGCCGCUGGCCCUGCCGCUGACGUCGCUCAUCAGCCGGGCCCUGGACGGGCCGCUGUAUGAGCAGCGCGACACCGAGUCCAUCAUCGAUGGCCUGGUGGCGUACCUCCACUCGGACACCCUCUGCUUCCCGGAGCCCUACCCGGCCGGGCUGGUGGAGCGCCAGAACCGCGAGUGGACCCCCAUCCGCCGGUGGGUGGAGGCCGAGUACGGGGUGACCCUGCGCUGCGCCUCCGAGCGGGAGUUCGAUGUCACCCAGUCGCCGGAGACCGUGGCCAAGCUGUCGGCCUUCCUGCGGGAGCUGCACCCCUGGCAGCUGGUGGCCUUCGAGGAGGCGGUCAUCUCCUCCAAGUCCUUCAUCCUGCCGCUGGCCCUCCUCCGGCGGCACAUCACCCUGGACCAGGCGGCCGAUGCCUCGCGCCUGGAGACCCUCUACCAGGUGGGCCGCUGGGGGCAGGUGGAGGACACCCACGAUGUGGAUCACUAUGACAUCCGCACGCGCCUGGGCGCCGCGCUGCUCAUGCAUCGCGCUGUCACCGGCCUGCACCACGAGCAGGCGCUCCUGCGCGCGGCCGAAAAGGCUGCCACCCCCUCCGAGUAGGUUGCCCCGGCCGGGCCACAGGCGCCGGCCCUCGCUCGCCCCCUUUCUCGAUCCUCCCUCCCCGCUUGCGAUGCCUCGCCCCCCCCCCC